AUGCCUCUCCCCACGACUUUCUCGCGGCGCGGCCGGCAGGUGACCAUGCGCGUGGCCAGCAGCCCCGACGCGAUAUUCUGGGGCAAGAAGGGCUUCAGGGACGCUGUCGCCAAGGCGGCGGCGGUAUUGGCGGACCAAAUCUGGUGGCACAGGGUGCUACCGGCCACCGACGCGUUUGGCCGCCUGUUCACAGAGGUCUCAUUUGUCGUGCAGACGAGGGACCCGCAGGGCACAAUCGAUAAGCUGGUGGAGCGGCUGCCAGAGGACAACCUCAAAAACAAAGUCGGCGGCACCCUUAAGGCCGAGACGCCCUCCGCCUACGACAAACGAGUCAAGGACCGCGCGGGCUCACCCCAAGCCCAGGCGGCCAUGGAGGACGGCGGCAUGAACCGCGCGCCCGCGGCAGCCGCGACUGCCGCGGCGGCCGCACGGCCGGCGGUGGACGCAAGCGGCGUGGGCGUCGGCGGCAUGGACAUGGGCGCGCCGCCUGGCGCGCUGCCCGGGAGCUCCGGCGCCCUCGCCCUGCCCACUGCCGGCGCCGCCGAGCUGCCGCCCAGGCGGCGCCCCGUCAGCACGGCUGCGCGGGCUACAUGGCGCGCCCCCUCCCUGGCCGUCGCGGCGGCUGGUGCAGCCCUGCUGUUGGGGUGA